AUACCAAAAGUGGAUCUGGACACACCUUAAAAACAGCUAAGUAAGUGGAUGCAUGGAGUGUGCCACGUUUCAUCUUCUCUUUGUUGCCAAACUCAAAAACGGACAUCAUCAUCUCUUCUCUGUCUCUGUCUGAAUCUCCCUUUGUCUGUCCAGAGUUGCUGUUUUUAAAGACAGAAACAAGAUGUUUUGUUGAUCAGGAACAGAUCUGGCAUUGAAGGCCAGAGUUCGGGUGUAUUUAGAUGUUAUGUAACAGCUGCAUAAGGAGUGUGAUCGUACAAGCUGGAAUUUUUCGCAAAACAAGGUUGCAAUUAGGCAACAUUGAGAGGAGUUUGAAUGCAAGCCGCAGCAUAAAUUAUAAGUGGAAUAGACAGGUUUUUUUAAAGAGUAGUAUAAGUAUGAUGGUUGAUUCUGAUUCUACUGAUACAAGGGGACCUACUGUUGAUCUUUUGAAGGAGAAACAAGAUGAUGGUGGAUUUGUUAGUGGAUGGUGGAAAAGUGAAGACGGGGAAUUGAGCUGUGGAUAUUCAAGUUUCAGGGGAAAGAGAGUUACCAUGGAGGAUUUCUAUGAUGUCAAAAGCACCACGAUUGAUGGGCAAAGAGUCUGCAUGUUUGGAAUAUUUGAUGGUCAUGGUGGUUCUCGUGCUGCUGAGUAUUUGAAGGAGCACCUGUUUGAGAAUCUACUGAAGCAUCCACAAUUUAUGGCAGACACCAAAUUAGCUAUAAGCCAAUCAUAUCAGCAGACUGAUGUAGACUUUUUGGACUCUGAAAAGGAUACCUACCGUGAUGAUGGUUCUACUGCUUCAACAGCAGUGCUAGUUGGUGAUCAUCUUUAUGUUGCCAAUGUUGGAGAUUCACGGACUGUGAUUUCAAAGGGUGGAAAAGCGAUUCCUCUCUCCGAGGAUCAUAAACCUAACAGAAGUGAUGAGCGGAAGAGAAUUGAAAGUGCUGGAGGUGUUGUAAUGUGGGCAGGCACUUGGAGAGUAGGAGGUGUAUUGGCCAUGUCCCGUGCUUUUGGUAACCGCAUGUUGAAGCAAUUUGUUGUUGCAGAACCUGAUAUCCAGGAAUUAUCUCGGGAGAGCAAAUUACCUUCCUCAGUUGACUGUAAACUUUUAAAAAGAGUGUAUUAGUGUUUGACACGAAGUUAUAUUUAUGCUGAAACAGCAGGUGAAAACCAGAUCUUUUAUUGUUUCGACUUUUGAUCUUGGUGGUUUUUCUUGAGCACCUGAACUGAACUGUAAUAUCAACGUGAGAUGCCAGCUAAUUAAGAUUGUAAUUCCAUGGUGUUGUAUCAAAGAUGCGGGAUUUAAUUGUUAUCUUCACUAAAACAUGGAAGUGGGGUAAGGAAAAACUUUUAAUGUUAUAUACAGACCUAAAAAAUAAAGAAGUUUCCUUUCAGGGUCCUCUUUCCCUUCAGUGCUGCUGUGUGUAAUGUUUCGACCAGGUUAAUGAACUUCUGCUUAUAAUAGCCUUCGUGGUGUCUAUCAAAAUAGAAUUCAGUCUAGGAUUUCUUCCAUUUUCCUGGAUCAAACUGCAUGAACUUCUUCCGAUUGAAGUUUAUUCAAAAUUAAUCAGCUACUUGUUUGUAUACUUUUCGCUCUUUCAGGAGCAGAAAAUAGAUCAAGAAUUUGAAUUGCUUGUGCUCGCAAGUGAUGGACUAUGGGAUGUGGUACCCAAUGAG